AUGGAAGGUGUAUUUUCCCUUCCUGUAGCCGUCAGAACUGAAGUUAUCCAUUCUUUGAUGCAGUCUCUUGGAGGAUGUUCAUACAUUUGUCUUUGGACAUAUGAUACCAUAUCACCAAAUCGUUUGUCCUUCUUGGAUGGUAUCUAUAAUGUGAUAAGCAACCACCAACCAAGUUCUUCUUUGGGAAGCAUCGCACAACGGCUUUUCAAUCAGUAUACCAUUUUAUCAUUUGAUAUCAAUGAUGACCGGAUUCCUGGACUAGCUUUUAGGAAUCAACGUCCUUAUCUAGAGCUGCAGCAGCUGGAGCUUCUGACACUGUCAUCGACAGAAAUACAAACACAAUUUUACAAGGAAGCAAGGAUUAAGACUGCUGUUUUCAUGGGGUGCAACAAAGGAGAAAUUGAGCUUGGUUUCUUAAAUAUGUCCCAAACUGAUAUUCAAACGGCACUUAGGAAUUUAUUUCCUCAAGAUUUUUCAAGACAGAUGCAACAAAUUGAUCAGAAUAAUAAUAAUAAUAAUCCACCUUCAUCAUCUUCAUCUUCAAUGAGAUCACUAUCAACAGCUGGUAGUCCUGAAUACUCAUCUCUCAUGUUCAACAAAAAUCCACCUGGAACUUCUCCAUCAUCACAUCACUUUCCUGAUCAUAUCCUUGGAGGAGUAAACAUUCCUCCAAUGAGACCUGUUUCAAACACACUACCCUUUCAACUUCAACAACAACCUCAAAUCACACCAACACAAUUGUUCCCUAUUGAUCAACAGAAUGAUGCAAUAAUGAGAGCAAUCCAAAAUGUUCUAUCUACACCCCCUUCUCAGCAAAGUUACACAGCACAUCCAGAAGCUAGUGCAUUUGGAAGAAGCUUGAAUUUGAUGAGACUAAGAGAACGAAAUCAAGCCAUGCGUCCUUCUAGUAACCAACUUCAUCAUAUGAUAUCGGAACGACGAAGGCGCGAGAAGCUUAAUGAUAAUUUCCAAGCACUUCGAGCGCUACUUCCUCAAGGAACUAAGAAAGACAAAGCAUCCAUACUGAUAACAGCCAAGGAGACAGUAAGGUCAUUGAUGGAAGAAAUAGAAAAACUAAGCAAAAGAAACCAACAGUUGUUGAUGUCACAAAAGUCGGCUGCUUCGAAUAAAGAAACUAUGAAAUUCUCGUCAAAUGAAAGAAUUAACGUGCGAGUUUCGCAUGUACCAGAAUCAAGUUCAUCACACGAUGAACCAAUGCUAGUGGAGUUACAAGUGAAUGUGAUAGGACAAAUUUCUCAAGUCGAUAUGUUGAUUCGAUUAUUAGAAUUCUUAAAUCAAGUUAAUCAUGUCAAUUUGAUUUCAAUGGAUGCAACAAAUACAAACACUUCACAAGAGGAUAAUUAUCUUCAUCAAAUAACAUUCAGACUAAGGAUUACUCAGGUGAGUGAAUGGGACGAAGAGGCUUUCCAAGAAGCAGUGAGAAGAGUAGUUGCUGACUUGAUACAGUACCAAGUGGACCAUAAUAUAUGA